UUCAGAGUGAAAGAGGAAGAGGAUGUUACAGUAAAAGAAGAGGAAGAGGUGAAAGAGGAGGAUGUAGUUUUUGAAGUGAAGGAGGAGAAACCGGGAGAGAUAACGGUCAUAUUGACAGAGGAGGCAGGAGAUCUGAUUACCAUCAGAGAGAGACCAGACUCUGACAGCGGGAAGAGUUCCUCAGAGGAAACAGACCCAGAGACACCUAACCAACACCACUGCUCCCACUGUGGAAAGAGUUUUAGGUGGUUAGGGAGCCUGAAAAUGCAUGAGAGAAUACAUACAGGAGAAAAGCCCUACCACUGUUCCCACUGUGGGAAGAAUUUUACUCAGUUAGGGGCCCUGGUUGGGCAUGAGAGAACACACACGGGAGAGAAGCCUUAUCACUGUUCCCACUGUGGAAAGAGUUUUAGGUGGUUAUGGGUCCUGAAAAAGCAUGAGAGAAUACACACUGGAGAGAAGCCUUAUCACUGUUCUCACUGUGGAAACAGUUUUAGGUGGUUAGUGAGCCUGAAAACGCAUGAGAGAAUACACACAGGCGAAAAGCCCUUCCAAUGUUCCCAGUGUGAAAAGAGUUUUAGGUGGUCAUGGAGUCUGAAAAAGCAUGAGGGAAUACACACAGGAGAAAAGCCUUAUUGCUGCUCUGACUGUGGCAAAAAAAUCAAGUCUUCAGUAAAACUUAAAAUACACCAGAGAGCACACAAAGGAGAGAAACCUUAUAGCUGUGAUCAAUGUGGGAAGAGUUUUACUACAUCAAGCCAGCUGACUUUACACCAGAGAAUACACACAGGAGAGAAAUCUUAUAGCUGUAAUCAAUGUGGGAAGAGUUUUACUACAUCAAGCCAGCUGACUUUACACCAGAGAAUACACACAGGAGAGAAACCUUAUAGCUGUGAUCAAUGUGGGAAAAGUUUUGGUCACUCUAGCAAUCUGACAGUGCACCAGAGAAGACACACAGGAGAGAAACCUUAUAGCUGUGAUCAAUGUGGGAAGAGUUUUGUUAAAUCUGACCUGCUGACAGUACACCAGAGAAUACACACAGGAGUGAAACCCUAUAGCUGUGAUCAAUGUGGGAAGAGUUUUACUACAUCUGGCUCUCUGACCGUACACCAGAGAACACACACAGGAGAGAAACCUUAUAGCUGUGGUCAAUGUGGGAAAAGUUUUGGUCAAUCUGGAGAGCUGACAGUGCACCAGAGAAUACACACAGGAGAGAAACCCUAUAGCUGUCAUCAAUGUGGGAAGAGUUUUACUACAUCUAGAUUUCUGACUGUACACCAGAGAAUACACACAGGAGAGAAACCUUAUAGCUGUGGUCAAUGUGGGAAGAGUUUUGGUCAGUCUAGCCAGCUGACAUUACACCAGAGAACACACACAGGAGAGAAACCUUAUAGCUGUGAUCAAUGUGGGAAGAGUUUUACUACAUCUGGCUCUCUGACUGUACACCAGAGAACACACACAGGAGAGAAACCAUAUAGCUGUGGUCAAUGUGGGAAGAGUUUUGGUCAGUCUAGCCAGCUGACAUUACAUCAGAGAACACACACAGGAGAGAAACCUUAUAGCUGUGGUCAAUGUGGGAAGAGUUUUGGUCAGUCUAGCCAACUGACUCUACACCAGAGAAUACACACAGGAGAGAAACCUUAUAGCUGUGGUCAAUGUGGGAAGAGUUUUGGUCAAUCUAGCAAUCUGACAGUGCACCAGAGAAGACACACAGGAGAGAAACCCUAUAGCUGUGAUCAAUGUGGGGAGAGAUACUGUAGUAAAAUAUCUCUGAUCAAACAUCAGAAAAUACAUACAGGGAAGAAAUCUCAUUGCUGCUCUGACUGUGGGAAAAGUUUCAAAUCUUCAUCAGAACUUAAAAUACACCAGCGAGUACACACAGGAGAGAAACCUUAUAGCUGUGAUCAAUGUGGGAAGAGUUUUGUUCAAUCUAACAAUCUGACAGUACACCAGAGAACACACACAGGAGAGAAACCUUAUAGCUGUGAUCAAUGUGAGAAGAGUUUUGUUCAAUCUAGCAAUCUGACUACACACCAGCUGACACACACAGGAGAGAAAUUUCACCACUGUUCAGAUUGUGGAAAAAGAUUUUCAAGGUCACAUGCUUUGAAGAUGCACCAGAAAAUACACACAGGAGAGAAACCUUACAGCUGUGAUCAAUGUGGGAAGUGUUUUACUCAGCUAAACAGCCUGAUAGUACACCAGCGGGUACACACAGGAGAGAAACCUUAUAGCUGUAUUCAAUGUGGGAAGAGUUUUUCAACAUCUAGCAUUCUAAGUCUACACCACAGAACACACACAGGAGAGAAACCUUAUAGCUGUGAUCAAUGUGGAAAGAGUUUUACUACAUCUAGCUAUCUGACUAUACACCAGAAAGUACACACAGGAGAGAAACCAUAUAGCAGUGGUAAAUGUGGGAAGAGUUUGACUACAUCUAGCCAUCUGACCAGACACCAGCAAGUACACACAGGAGAGAAGCUUCACCACUGUUCAGAUUGUGGGAAAAGUUUUUCAACAUUACAGACUUUGAAGCAGCACCAGAGAACCCAAAUGUACUAGUACAAAUGUACUAGAGCAUGACAUUGGGGACUGGGCCCCGAUCCAACAACAUGCCUAUCUAGUGAACCCUGAAACGAGAGAGAAGCUCUGUAGUGAGGUGGAAAGUUACUACGGAUAUUGCAGGAGUUUCCUCUUGAAAUCAGACAUGUCUGUGGUAAGGACAACUUGGUUGCUGAUUGUCUCAAGGGUGAGCAGUCGAAAAUAUUUCCAUUUAGCCAGUGAGUUGUCAUGGAUCAAUUUAUUUUGACUGCACGUUUUUCCUUAUUGGAGAUGAGUUUUGUUUGGGCUCGUUCCAAGGGGACUAGAGUUCUAGAAGCUAGUGAGUUUUAGGAAGAUGAGAGUUCUAGAAGCUAGUGAGUUUUAGGAAGGCAAGAGUUCUAGAAACUAGUGGGGGAAAAAUGUUUUCGUUUUUAAUUGUUAACAGCCAGUAGACACCAUGUUUAUACUGUAAAAGGUGAAGCAUAGCAGUUGAUUAUUAUGUGAAAUAGAAGUUAUUUUGGUGGUGCGCAAACAUAUCUAACAAAAAUAUAGGAUAUAUUUGUUGUCUUAAGGUUUUUACAGGCUUUGGUUUUUCCAUUUAUGCUUUGAGGUUGGACUUUAGCUCGUUAGCCCGUAUAGCUCGUUAGCACGUCUAGCUCCGUUAGCAUGUCUAGCUCGUUAGCACGUAGGACGC